AUCAACUGUAGUUGUGAGCGUUCACCAACAGGGAAUCGUUUAAAAGAAGACGUUUCACUUGAGAUGAAGACAUUUACAUCAUGUCAUCAACCAAUGAGGUAAGACGUGUGUGUGUGUCAGGUGUUGAUGUUUUUUGAUUCACCACUCAGCACCUGACAUUGUAUGAGGUCUGGAUGAGUUUAACAGAGUCAGUGAUGUGAUGUCAUUGGUCAGUGAAGGUGAGGUGAUGCUGCUGAACUCCACCAAUUUCUCUUAUUUUAUUCUGGCUGCUUAUUCUGACACCAGACAUUUCAAACACCUGAUCUUCCUGUUGAUUCUGUGUCUGUAUGUAUUGAUCAUUGUCUCCAACCUGCUGUUGAUUGUUGUCAUCUGUAUGAACAGGAGUCUACAUGAACCUAUGUACCUGUUCCUGUGCAGCCUGUUUGUUGGUGAACUAUGGGGAAGCACAGGUUUGUUUCCACUCCUUCUGAUCCAGGUUCUCUCUGACAUUCACUCUGUUCCUGUCCCUCUGUGCUUCCUGCAGGUUUUUUUCAUUUAUUCUUACGCAUGUGUGGAAAUUUUUAACUUAGCUGCCAUGUCCUAUGACCGGUACCAGGCCAUAUGUUACCCUCUGCAGUACAACACACACAUGAGCUUUAAAAAAGUGGCUGUGUUCGUCACUGUGUCCUGGUUACUGGCCUUUCUGAUUGUGUUUGGCACAACGUUCCUGAGCUCUUCACUACAGCUGUGUGGAAACAUCAUCAAUAAUGUGUUAUGUGUCAACUACUACAUAGUGAAACAGUCAUGUGGUGACAUCAGCGUGAACAACAUCUAUGGUCUGUUUGCCACAUUUUUAACGAUCUUGGUUCCUCUGUCUCUGAUCCUCUUCACCUAUGUGAGGAUUUUUAAAGUCUGUUUCUCUGGCAGUAAACAGACCAGACAGAAGGCUCUCAGCACCUGCUCUCCUCACCUGGCCUCACUCAUCAACUUCUCCUUUGGAGUUUGUUUUGAAAUAGUUCAGAGCAGGUUUGACAUGAGCAACGUCCCUAAAAUUCUGAGAAUUUUUUUAUCUUUGUACUUCCUAACCUGUCAGCCACUGUUCAACCCUAUGAUGUACGGACUCAAACUGUCCAAAAUACGACAGCUGUGUAAAAAUUAUUUUCUGACAUGUAGGAAGUUCCUGUGUUCAGUUUGAAUUAAUGAUUAAAAAUCAAAUGUUUAUGGCAGGUUUGACACAAACAGCUCCUAAAGUUUCUGAGAAUAUUGAUAUCUCUAUAGUCUCUCACCUGUCAGCCACUGUUCAACUGUGAAGGUAAAUUUAAAAUCAUUGUUCUUACUAGUUCCUAGGUGUCCUAGGGGCUGUUAAUAUAAGAUGUCCAUAAACAGAAUUUGAGAUUAUUGCUCAGAUGUCUUAUUAAACAAAUUCCACUAAUGUCUAAUAUAUCUGUAACUGUCUUCAAGACUUCAAGACCACACAUGACUGAUUUAAGAUUGUGUUCCCGCUUGAUAUCAUUAUGAUUAUAAUUACUUAAUGUUACCACUACUAAUAAUAAUAACAUCACUGCUACUAGCACUUCUACGAUUGCUACCAUUGUUAUUAUUAUUAUUAAUAAUAAUAAAAAAAUCAUCACAAUAAGGACUGACUAAAAUACACCAGCUCUAUGUAGAUACGUGUGUGUGUUUGUGUGUGUGUUCUACAUCAGAGACGUUUGUUUAAACUUAGUCAAUCACCAAAAAUAGAAAAGAUAAUAUUGUAGCAGGAUCAGGAAAAACACAGGAGUAGGGUUGAAUGAUAUUAACUAAAAUUCAAAUCAUGAUUUUAUGCUGAAUGGCGAUACUCGAUAUUUACUGAUAUUUCUUCUGUUACAUAAUCUGGGCGUCCUCUUAAGCAUUGUGGCAUACUGGAUUCAUUUUGUCCAGAUGCAUAUCCUUAAAAAGGAAAGAAUGUUUAAGCCA